UUUCUGUCAUUGUUUUGUGGUGUGUGUAAAAAUUGUUUAUAAUUUCAAUUAUUCAGUUUAUCCUUUCUCUGGGCUUGUUAUUCAUAUUUAAACAGUUGAAAAUGAAUGUAGACGAUCACAUAUACUGCCGCUAUUGCGCUGAACUGAAAAGCAUCAGCGAUUUGUGCGAUCUUUCAGUGUUUUCACCGAAGCAAGUUGAGAUUCACGAAAAACUGACUUCACUCAGUCUUGGACCCAUAAAUUCUUCACCAAACGAUGCUGUGCCAAAGUUCAUUUGCCACCCUUGUAUCAACGCCUUAAACAUUGCACACAGAUUUGUUGUGAAAGCGAGAGAAUCGAUGGAGUACUUGAUCGAUUUAUUCGGCAAAAACAUCAUUAGCGUAUCGAAAUUCGACGAAGCGCCUUCUUCAGCUAUUGAACUGAUUAACGAGCUAAACGCUGGUCAUCCCCCAGUAUCCAUGGUGAAGGUGGAAGACACUAAAUACGAGUCUGAAGGCAAUUAUUCAGAUUGUGAAGAUGACAGUCCUUUAUGCAGUAUUCUUGCAGAUGUCUUUGCCUCUAAACAGCUGAAUGAUGAUGCUAAAUCGUGGAUAGGUUUCCCGUGGCUGUGUCAGGUCUGUCUGGAACCCAUGUCUGACAUUCACCAGCUCAGGUCUCACUGCAAGCUGGAACACAGAAUGUGCUGUUUAUACAAAUGUGCGGAUUGCGGGAAGGAUUAUAAUAUGUUUAAUACAUUUGUGAGACAUGUGCAGAAGCAUAGAGAGAGUUUGAGGCAUUACUGUCCGCACUGUAAUCUAAAACUAGAAAACGGCCAACAGCACACUCACAAUGGGGAGAUGUGUCAACGGUGUGGAAAGUUCUUCUCAACAAAAAAGAAACUGCACUUACACAGAACAAAGCGUUUGCUCAAUGAAGACUUGAAUAAAAUAGCGGACAAGUCAUGGACAGGUUAUACUUGGAUAUGCAAUGUUUGCGAAAAUAAAUUUGCAGAUGUGACACAACUCAGAACACAUACAAAGGAACAACAUGGCAAGUGCUUCGCUAUGAAAUGCGCUGAUUGCGGCGAGACUGAGGGAAACUACAGGGAUUUUGUCUACCAUGUUCGAAGACAUAGGCCUUUUAUGAAACAUCACUGCCAUUACUGCAAUCAUAAAUUCGAAGAGAACACAAAGCACACGAAAUACACAGAGCACAUCACUUCUCACUUCACCACAGACAACGCGUGCGAGGGCUGCGGCGAAAUGUUCACAGACAAGCAGGACCACACGCAACACGUCGCCACGUACGACCCGCCAAAACCAAAAUACAUUCCGUUCAAAAAGCGCGAACGUCCGCUGUCAAACGAGGAUUUCACUUGCGAUAUUUGCAACAAAGUCGCCAAGACAGUCCAAGGCCUCCGCGUCCACAAAGCGAUACACACGGAAAGAACCAGAGAUUUUACCUGUGAUAAGUGCGGAAAAACAUUCUACACAAGCUACGACUUAGGAAACCACUAUGAAAUACAUGAGGAAAAGGAGCCAGUCGUGUGUGAAAUCUGCAAGAAAACUUUCAAGUCGAUACGCACGCUGAAAAAGCAUGUUGUGACGCACAACGACGAGCGUCCGUUCCAGUGUGAUAUUUGUCACAGAAGAUUCAGGCGGAAUAAGAAUUUGGUGAGCCACCAAAUCGUUCACACAAGUGACACACCGUUCCAGUGUGAACUGUGCGAGAAAGCUUUCAAGCAAGAGAAGUAUUUGAAAGCGCAUAAAAGACAGCAUACGGGGGACAGGCCAUACUCCUGCCCAGAUUGCGGUAUGGAGUUCACAAACUGGGCAAAUUGCAAUAAGCACAUGAAGAGAAAGCAUGGCACGACGCUCGCCAAACAUGUCAUCACUCCGUUCGGGAAAGUUCCAAUUAAUCCAAAGAGUUUUAAAGCGAAGAAAAUCAGUGAUUUAGAAACAGUCAAGGAAUGGACGGAGAAGAUUUUAGCUCCGCAGAAAAAGGGACGGAAAAAGAAGGUUGUCGAUAAAACAGAGACGGGUGACUUUAGCGCCAUCUAGUUUUAUUUUGAGUAAACCUGUUUGUAUGUGAAAUACAGAACAUCACUUAUACGUUUUUAUUAUACUUGGGUUUCCUAAUGAAUUUACUACAUAUUACAAUUUACUAUUAGUCAAUACCUACAUUCAAGAUUUUAUUUUGUGAAAUAGGUAUGUUUAUGUUUAAUAAAUUUUAUUGAAGAUUUUA